AUGGGCGCAAAAGAACUCAAAUGGCACGACAUCUUCGUGGUUCUUUUUGGAACCAUUUUAAGCUUUGCCGAUCCCAUCACCGAUAUCCUUACACUGGUGGAAUUCUAUCGCGCAGAUCACAAGACUUGGUUCGGAGUGGGGCUAAGUUUCAUUAUUUUACCGUGUUUGUUUUUUGCGGUACCUUACGGUUUGUCAUCAAAAGAGUCUGGAUUGGCAGAAGCCAGUCGCGUUAGGAGAUUCACGCAAGUUUUCCUUUUUGGUUUUAAUCCAUUUUCUCCAGCCUUGGUGAAGCUGCAAACGCUCAUUUUCUACCUAAGAAAUUUUAGAAAACUUUGGUCGGGCGAUAAAAUCGUACCGUCUGAUAUUGGAACGGCUGCCGAUGAAGAGGCGCAUACUCUUCUGGUUUACAGCAAUUUAGCUCUUAUAUAUGAAGCCACCCUUGAAUCAGCUCCUCAAUUUGUAAUUCAGCUGUACGCCAUGGCUGUUCAAUAG